GUUGGCGCUGCAUCGACAGGGGUCGCUGGGGCUUGCCGAUGGUGCAUAUAACGUGGCAAAGUCCACGCGGAUGACAGACGUCCGAUCACAGUCGCCAUCCUUGUCAUUCUCUCUAGAUCUAGCCACAGCGAUGAAGUUCCUCGUCACUCUAGGGCUCCUCGGCGGUGCCCUUGCUGCCCCGGCUCCGGAGUCGGGCAAGCAUAGGGCGCAGUCCUUCGACAUGCCUUUGCAAUGGACACCGUUUGGCUUCACGACCGAUACCAUCACGGUCGGCAGUCCGCCUCAGAAGGUGGAUUCGUUCGUUGACUGGACCUGGAUCGGUCAGUAUGUUUUCACGCCGCGCUGCCAUGGGAGUUUGUCGAAGACGUACGAAUGUCUGCAGCCGUCGCAGGCGCUGUUCAAUCAGACCGAAUCCCACACUUUUGUCAAUCAGACUCGCCUGUUCCCCAAUCGCGUCUGGAACCCGAAUCAUUUCUUCUUCUACGACGAUCUCUCCGUCGGCUUCGGUUCCGACAUCCAGCGGGUAGGCAAGCAAAGCGCUCGAGUCACCCUGCAGACGGCCGACAUGCACUUCAAGCUCGACUUUGCCUAUCCUUUCUCCGGGGUCUACGGCCUCUCGCCCGUCUUUAGCAAGGACAAUGCCUCGACGCAGUCGCCCUUCUAUCAGAUGUGGCGUCGAGGCGCCUAUCGCUCGCCUAUCACCUCAUUUCAAUACUGCUACAACAGCACUUUCGGCAACCCAGCCCCCGCUCGCGAGCGUUGCGGCGGAAAUGACGGGCUUCAGACGCUGGGAGGUUUGUCGCCGGCUCUGACGAAGCAAGGACGCGAUGCUGCAUCUUCCAUCUUGUGGUACAAGAACAUCUUCUUCCCCGUGGUGAACGACAUCAAUUUCGAAUACGAUCCACCGAUUUACAAUUACUGGGCCGUACACCUGACCAAGCACCUCAUCGGCGACGAGGAGCAAGUCUUAAACACCACCUACGGUGGCAACCCCGGCGCCAUCUUCGACCACGCCAGCUACGGCCACGGCGUUCCCAUGUCUGUGAACAGCUACAACCGGCUGAUUCAAAUCACCAACGGCCAACCUCUUUCUCUUGAGGAGGGUCAGCUGCCCAACAACGGCAACCAAUCCUUUGUAUCGGUGGAUUGCGACAAGGUGUCUUCUUUUCCGCCUCUGAAAUAUCAGUUCCAGGGUCAUGACCGACUGUGGGAGGUGAUCCCGGAGAACUACGUUGAGAAGCUAUCCCUGCCGAACGCCACCGAGCCCACCUGUGUGUUGAACGUGCGUACCUUGGGCGAAGGAAACUUUGUCAUUGGGAACUUUGGCGACACCUUUGCUAAAGAUAAGAUUGUGCUCUUUGAUUUCGAGAAGAUGAAGGUUGGACUGGCGGAUAUGCCGAAAUAGAGGUGGGCAGCUUUGGAUAUUCCCCACCAACUGUCUGUUUGGUCAUUAGGUCUGUGCAGGUGUAUAUAAAUGAGAUUUAAGAAUGGAAGAGACGGAGCUAUUCAUGAUAUAAAACCGUGACUAGAGUACGCAAGCCUUGCGGUGGUGGGCGGGUAGAGCUUGGAUCCUCAAUAACACGGGGACGUAGAUCGGGACAGAACUGGGUGCUAUUGCUUUCCGCUAAGGAGAAUCAAACGCAUUCCUGCACUAAAGUAAUAGCACCGGAAAUUAUCCCUGAGCUAAUUUGAGCCAAGGAGGUGUAAGGCCGCUACGUACUGUGUCGAUGAAGAGUGCUUGGAAACCCCAAAUGACUUGUUCUUAGUGUUGUUAAAACGUUCCGAACAGCAAGGACAGGGAGAUGGAAGAAGCCCGUAUAGCUAUCAAUUAUGUGAUGAAGAGAUUUCUGAAAUCUCGAGGUGCUGCGAAUACAUGGCGAAAGCCCUUCAGCACUUUGAGAUAGAGGGAGAACGGUUUCUACUGCUAAAC